AUGGCCACGACUUCAAGUGCCUUUCCUCCGCUUCCUCUACCUGAUGGCAUCAUCGAAGACUACAUCGACUGCACAUCAUCUUGUGGUCUAACCUUCCAUGUGCUCAAAGCAGGAAAACCAGGAAAACCCCUCGUUUUAUUCACCCACGGCUACCCGGAGCUGGCCUACUCAUGGCGCAAAGUUCUACCCGCCGUUGCCGAAGCAGGCUACUUUUGUGUGGCUCCAGACCAGCGUGGAUACGGCCGAACAACUGGGUGGCCUCGGAGAAACUUUGAAGAUACCGACCUGGCAGAAUGGUCUCUGACAAAUCUAGUGCGCGAUUUGGUGUGUCUUGUUUACAAGUUGGGAUAUACCCAAGUACGCAGCAUUGUUGGGCAUGACUUUGGCGCUGUGAGUGCUGCCGUGGCGGCCUUGAUACGGCCAGACAUGUUUCUCUCCACGGUUCACAUGAGCCACCCUUAUCAUCCCCCUUCAACUCCCCCUCUCAGUAGCCCGAAGGGCGGAAAAGAUAUACACACGGAUUUGGCUGCUCUUUCUCCGCCAAGAAAACAUUACAAGUGGUACAACUCAACUGCUCCGGCUGCCAAGGAUUGGGACGUGCCACCCCAAGGGCUUGAGGCCUUCCUCAGAGGCUAUUUUCACCUCAAGUCGGCCGACUGGGAGAAGAACGAGCCCUAUCCACUGGAUGCCUGGACUGCGGACCAGUUGGCAAAACUGCCAGAGUACUACAUCAUGCGCCAAGACCAAACAAUGCCAAAGAUGGUCCAUGAAAACAUGGUGGGAGAGGAUGCUUCCAAGACCGAAAGGUGGCUGAGCAAGGACGAGAUGGAGAUCUAUUGUUCUGAGUGGAAGCGAACUGGCUUCCAGGGCGCUCUGAACUGGUAUCGAGCACAAACCGUGGGGGUCCAGGACAACAAGAAGGCUGCAGGUGACAUGUGGCUAUUUGCUGGAAAAAAGAUUGAGGUUCCGGUUGCAUUCAUCAGCGGGGUUAAGGACUGGGGAAACUACCAACGACCUGGAGCUCUCCAAGGGUACGAGAACGAGGAAUGGGUCAAGAACGGAAUGUUCAGGGGCGCGACGUUGGUUGAGGGGGCUGGACACUGGGUACAGCAAGAGCAGCCGGAUGUUGUGAUUCGGGAGAUUCUCAAGUUCCUCCAGUCUCUGUGA